AACGCACAGAAUGAAGGUGGACCGACGUAGACAGCCGGAAUGUCAACCCUGAGACUAGCCUACUAUAAUUGUAAUGUUGCUUGUCUGGCCAAGGAGUCUUGUAAGACCACCAGAAUCACAUUUCGUGCCUGUACUGCAAUUCUUCUGGCAGCAUCGUCGAAUGGAUUGGUCAGCUCUCACCUGCUCCAUCGCCGUCCUGAUCAUUCUGUUCCUGCCGCUGUGCGCGUCCGACGACAGGCUUGUCUCCAGCAAGCCACUCUCCCCCGGCACCACCAUCGUCUCGGAUGGCGGUGACUUUGCAUUUGGCUUCUUCCCCUCUUCUGGCUCAACGCCGUCCAACCUGUACCUCGGCAUCUGGUACAACGGCAUCUCCGAGCUUACCGUGCCGUGGGUCGCUAACCGGGAAACCCCGGUCAGGAACACUACUACCUCCUCCGCGCCCACGCUCUCCCUCACCAACACCUCCAAUCUUGUUCUCUCUGAUGGUGAUGGCAGUCGUGUUGUUUGGACGACUGGCGUGGCCGCUGCCUCGAGCUCCUAUUCAUCAGAGGCGGUGCUUUUGAAGACCGGUAACCUCAUCAUCCGGUCAUCCAACGGCACCACGGUAUGGCAGAGCUUCGACCACCCAACUGACACGUUCCUACCUGGCAUGAAGAUGCGGAUCAGGUACAGGACACGUGCGGGUGGGCGCCUGGUAUCCUGGAAAGGCUCUGGAGACCCCUCACCAGGGAGCUUCUCCUACGGCUGCGACCCAGCCACCAUUAUCCAGAUGUUCCUCUGGGAGGGGUCACACCCGGUAUACCGCACCGCCCCAUGGACGGGGUACCAGGUGAAGAAUGAGUACCAAUACCUGAUGACCAACAGCAGCGCCAUCAUGAUAUACCUCAGUGUCGUCAAUAAUGAUGAGGAGACCUACGCAAUAUUUAGCGUCUCGGACGUUACCUGGCGGACCAGGCUCGUGUUGACCUACUCCGGCAUGCUCCAGUUCCAGGGCUGGAACAACAGCUCCUCUGCGUGGGUAAUCUUUGGGCAGUGGCCACACUACGGAUGCAACCGCUACGGCAACUGCGGCCCUUAUGGUUACUGUGACGAGACAGUGUUGCCCAUCCCGACAUGCAAGUGCCUCGAUGGUUUUGAGCCGACGAGCACAGAGGAGUGGAACAAGGGCAAGUUCUCAAAGGGGUGUCGACGGAAAGAGGCACUGCGUUGCAGUGAUGGUUUCUUGGCCUUGCCGGGGAUGAAGCCACCGGACAAGUUUGUGUUCGUUGGAGACACGUCGUUGGAGGAGUGUGCGGCGUCAUGCCGCCGCAACUGCUCAUGCGUGGCGUACGCGUAUGCCAACCUGAGCAGUGGCAUGGCCAGCGGAGGUAUGCCAAGGUGCUUGUUGUGGGUCGGUGAGUUGGUUGACACCGGGAAGUUACACGCAGACCCUGUGAGCGACACGCUCUAUCUGCGGCUUGCAGGCUUGGAUGCAGUAGCUGGUAAAAGGAGAAGGAGCACUGCAGUGAAGAUUGUACUGCCAGUUUUAGGAAGUAGUGUCCUGAUACUCAUGUGUAUUUCCCUUGCAUGGUUGAAAUCCAAAGGCAAGAACAGGGCCCAGGGAAAGCACAAGAAGGAGCUAUUGGAUGUUUCAAGUGAUCUUGAAUUCCCAUUUGUAAGAUUUGAGGAGAUUGCCCUAGCAACACAUAAUUUCUCUGAAACAUGUAUGAUUGGACGGGGUGGCUUUGGCAAAGUUUACAAGGGAACACUAGGCGAUCAGGAAAUUGCUGUCAAACGGCUAAAUAAGGAUUCUCAACAAGGAACAAAUGAAUUCAGAAAUGAAGUAAUACUUAUUGCCAAACUUCAACACAGAAAUUUGGUUCGACUUCUUGGAUGUUGCGACGAGGGUGAUGAAAAGUUGUUGAUUUAUGAGUAUUUGUCUAAUAGUAGCUUAGAUGCCACCCUUUUCGAUGAUUCAAGGAAAUUCUUGCUGGAUUGGGGAACACGUUUAAAUAUAAUCAAAGGUGUCGCCAGGGGGCUUCUUUAUCUCCACCAAGAUUCAAGGCCGACCAUAAUUCACAGAGAUCUCAAAGCCGGAAAUGUUUUGCUAGAUGCACAGAUGAAGCCCAAGAUAGCAGAUUUUGGUAUGGCGAGGAUCUUCGGGGAUAACCAGGAAAACGCAAACACCCAACGUGUCGUCGGAACAUACGGCUACAUGGCUCCUGAGUACGCAAUGGAAGGUGUCAUCUCUACCAAGUCCGACAUCUAUAGUUUUGGCGUGUUGCUAUUGGAGAUUGUAACCGGUAUGAAGAGAAGCUCCAGUAGUCACACCACGGGCUUCCCUAGCCUCAUAGCUUACUCAUGGAAUAUGUGGAAGGAGGGUAAGGCAGAGGAGUUGGCCGACCCAUCUAUCAUGGACACAUGCUUACCAGAUGAGGUGUUGCUUUGCAUUCAUGUAGGCCUCUUGUGUGUCCAAGAAAACCCAAAAGACAGACCGCACAUGUCAUCAGUCGUGUUGGCGCUAGAGAAUGGGAGCACCACACUGCCAGCUCCCAAUCGGCCUGCAUACUUUGCAGGAUGGAGCACUGAACUGGAGCAGCUCAGAAACAGUAUUCAGAAUUCUGUGAAUAGCUUAACUCUUACUGGUAUAGAGGGUCGAUGAAAUGGUUCGGUACUGUUAUAUGUGUAAUGCGAUGUGUUGGACCUUACGUUGUUUGUAGCUAGUGGUGAAGGGAAGUUGUUUGAGCCCAUCCACACCGGUUUGAUGCAUGAAGAUUAUUGCUCUACUGAAUGUGCUCGUGUGUGUUUGUGCGGUGGUGGUGAAA